AUAUACCUUUUAACAUCUCAAUUUCUUCUUACCAUUGCAGAUAAUGCUUCCAAUCGUGUGCAGCAGCAGCUGAAGAAGCCAUCGGAUGGCGCCGGAGGCAAAAAGAGCUCCAACCAGGACAGCGAUGCCGACGAAACCAGUAGUGGCGGUAUCGGCGGAUCGAAUGCUUCCUCGGCCGUCAACAAAGACGAGGAUGAUAUCUACGAGUUCAAGUCGACUCCCAAGGAUUCCAGCUCGAGCUCAAGCGAUGAAAAGGAAAGCAACAGCGACAAAAAUGAAAAAUCUUCUGGCGAUAAGGGUGGUGCCAGUGGGGAUGCUGAUGCCAACCAGAAUGCAAGUGGUGCCCCGAGUGGAGCCGGUUCCGGUGCGAACAGUUCCAGUCUGUCGAAGCGACCGUUUUCGGAAGUGAAUGACAAUGCUGAUGACAGUGCCGGUGCGUCGAAUGACGAUGACAACAAACGGAAGAAGCGAAAGGACUCGGACACCACUAACAAAGAAGUUACAAAGAGCGCUACCGGUGGCAAUCGGGGCUCCGCCCCCAGACCGGACAAAAGUGGCAAAUCAUCUGGGCCGCCGUCGAAGAAUCUCGGUCUCAGCGGUAAAAGCGCUCUAGACCGAAAGAGUCCAUGUGCGAGUCCCAAGCCGGCUUCGAACGCAUCGUCAUCGACUUCAACGAACAAGGCAUCUAGCAGCAAUGCAGCAAACGAUAGCGACGCCGAAGGUGAUGAUGCUGGAAGUAAGGGCAAUGAUUCCAACUUCAACACCGGAGGUGGGCCAAAGGUACCACCUCUGAAGAUCGUCAUACCACAGCAAAGCUCGGGCGGUGACACGGAGACCGGCGGUAGCUCCCGGAACGGUAAAAACGCCUCGGCGAGAAGUCAUCCCGCGUUGCCGUAUGUGGUGGCGUCCUCGAACAGCAAUGACUCCAGCGCUGACAAAGAGAGUACCUCUUCGCGAUCGGCAAGUCCAUCGGAUUCCAAAAGCUCAGACGAGAAAACAACAUCAAAAUCCAGUGACGAAAGAGCCCAGUCUCGGGUCCUGCGUAGUCACCGUGGCGGCAAUGCAUCGGAAGGAGGUUCAGGCCGCAGCAAGGACAAUCAGGGAGACCGCUCGGUCGAUCGUUCAAACAAUUCUUCGCCACAGAUGCAACAGAGUAGUGCAGCACCCUCGCCUGCGUCCACAAGCGGUGAUGCUACUGGAACCGGAGGCAACGGAGGAAAUGGUGGGACGAGUAAGGAUAAAGACAGAAGCACAGCCAGCCCUGCGGGAAGCAAUCAGAAGGAUAAUGAACCGGAAACCGGUUCAAGCAGUGGCACCAAUCCGAAGAGCCCUCCUACCUCUUCCAGCUCCGCUACUACAGCUGCCAGUAAUGCCAGUAGUAGCAACAAUACUACAAACAACGCCGGAACCAGCUCUACCCAGAGUAAUCAAUCCAACAGCGCCCCCUCUACUUCAACACCUUCGGAAACUGCUGUUCAUCCUAGAAAACGAAAGAUCAAAACCAGCAAAGAUCAAUCAAUGACGGCUGCCGCGAGCUCCUCUGCUCCUUCCACAUCUUCAUCCGCUUCGACAUCGAACGAGGAGAAAAAGGAAAUCAAAGAGGAACUGCCGGAUAUUCAUCCGCACGAUCAACCGAUCACCAAUUGCUAUAAAAUGUUCCUGAACAUCCGCCGGCAGAUUGAACGCCGCCAGCAAAAUCUCUUCCCGGUGAAGCCGAAACCCCCUCAAGGUUUUAAGGAUUACCUCCUGAAUCGACGCACCUACGCUCUGGCGGGAAAAACUCCAGCCGAAGCGAACAUACAGUUCCCAGCGAAUCUUCCCCCGCAAAUGAAAGAUAUGUUCACCACUCAAGAGACGGAACGUCACAAGCUGAAAAUGAAACACAUUGUCGAUAAGGAGAAACUUGUGCUCUCGGUCGAACAGGAAAUUCUUCGGGUGCACGGUCGAGCAGCACGUGCCCUUGCCAAUCAAUCCGUCCCGUUCUCCGUUUGUACCAUCCUGAAAGACGCGGAGGUGUACAACAUCAUAACGCCCGAACAGGAAGAGAAGGACCGAAAUGCACGAUCCCGCUAUAAUGGUCGACUGUUUCUCGGUUGGCUACAGGACGUGGAUGACAAGUGGGAGAAGAUCAAAGAGGAAACGUUGCUGCGGCAUCACAAUCAGGCGGAAAGUCUGCAUGCCGUCCAGAAGAUGGACUGGGAGUGGAAGAUGAAGGAGAACUCGCUGUGUGAGUUCAAGGCCAAGCCGGUCAUCGAGGAGAGCCACGUGCCCAUUGUCAACGUGAGUGACGAUUUUGAUCUGUUGCCUGCCUAAUCCAGGAUAGGGGGCGGCUAAUGAUUUGAGGGAAAGGGUGCGCCACUUUUUUGAACUUACAGAAAUAAGAACGGAAUCACGUCAAAGUGGAGCUCGCCGGAGUAAGAUAUGUAGAUGAUAUUCAUGUUAAUUUUUUAAGGAAAUUUAAAUACUUAAUAGGCUUAUUCUUACAAUAUAGAAUAUGUCUUUUAAAUAUUGAACAAAAUAACAAAAAAAGAAGUCAUCGAAGAAAAGUCUGUCUGAGCUCUGUAGAUGAUAUUCAUGCUAGAUUCAUAUUUGAAAAAAAAACUUAGAAUACGGUAAUGAGACAGAGAGUAUUGCUCUUACAUAUUGAACAAAUUAACAAAAUUAAAAACGGAAUCACAUAAAAGUGAAGCUAGCGGGAGUGAGAUGUGUAGAUGAAUUUCACGUUAGAUUUAUAAAGAAACUAGAAUAUCAUAAUAGGCUUACUCUUCCUUAGAGAUUACAAAUAAAUGUAUACCUUUUACAUAAUGAACAAAA